CCAAAAGGGUCUUUGCUUUCGCACUCUACUUACACUGCUCUCUCUUAAGUAUGAGAAUCGUUGAAGAACUGGAUUGAGUCUUCCAUUUCUCUUUCUGUUUCUCUCUUUUCUGAGAUUCCGAGUGGUUGCGUCCUGAAUCUACGGCUUUGGAUUUCCAGAAUUUUCCCUCCAAAAGAUAUGCAGUCAAAGCCUAGAAGUGUGAAUCAACUAGAAUCUGAACCACCAAAUAUGCAGCAGACUAGUAGUUAUUCUGAACCUUGGUGGCGUAGUAUUGGAUACAAUCAUAUAUCCUCGCCAGCAGCAGGAGGAAAUUUGUCCAAUUCAACAUCACUGGAAUGUCCUAAUGGUGCCUCAGAAUCUAAUGACGGACCGUCAAUGUCAAAUGAUGAUUUGAAUGAAGAUGAUGAUGAUGACACCACAAAAGAUUCACAUGCUGUAAGUUAUGGGCAAGUACAGAACAACUGUCAGCAUGCUGUUUCUGCUGCACCUACAGUGCAUGGUGGAUGUAUCACACAACCUCCUCAGCUUGAACUUGUAGGCCACUCUAUUGCAUGUGCAUCAAACCUAUAUCAGGAUCCUUAUUAUGCUGGAGUGAUGGCUGCCUAUGGGCAUCAACCGGGUUAUCCUCCUUUUCUUGGGAUGCCGCAUGCUAGAAUGGCUUUACCUCUUGAGGUGACACAGGAACCUGUUUUUGUGAAUGCCAAACAAUAUCAAGGGAUCCUAAGGCGAAGACAAGCACGUGCUAAAGCAGAGGUUGAGAACAAACUGAUAAAAAUUAGAAAGCCCUAUCUUCAUGAAUCUCGUCACCAGCAUGCCAUGAGACGGGCAAGGGGUAGUGGAGGACGAUUUGCCAAGAAAAAUGAAGUUAAUUCUUCGAGUUCUACUGUGAAGAACAAGGACUCCGGUUCUGGUCAAGCUUUCUCGUCGCACUCUGCUGGUUCAUCGGGUUCUGAAGCUGCGCCUUGUGCCUUGGCGGAAACCUGGAAUUCUUCCAAUGGCCAACAAGAAGCGAGGACGCAGUUGCAUGAGGCGUAUGAAGCUCGAAGUUAUGUGAAUGGCAGUGGACAAUUUCAUAAUUACAGUAGCUUCCAAGCUUCCUCGUAUGCUUUACGGUCUGGUGAGAGAGGUGAUGAUGGAGACUGUUCGGGACAGCAACGAGGAAGCAUCUCAGAAAAUCAGGCAGCACAGAGGCGUCUUGCCAUCAAGUGAACCUCCUGGUUGCGAAAAUAUGGGGGUCCCCUAGGCUAUCUACGGGCUACAUUCCCUGGCAGUUUUCUGCCAGGCGGCAAAUCAUUCUUGGCUUUGUUCUGGUGCUUGUUGCUUGAUCGUAUAGGAGAUGGGAUGAUAUAAGUUGGCCAUUUGGGCCCUUAUUCUGGUUAAGUCCUUGGCUGCUUUAUUCCAACCUCUCCCAUUUUUAACUUGUGUAUAGAACAGACUCCAUAGAUUUCAAACAGUUUUCCUUUUUAAUUUACAAACACCUUGCUAGAUCGAAUGCUUAACUGUUAUGUACUUGUGUGUGUGUCGAAGGAUUGAACUUUGAUCCACGAUUUGGUUGCAAAUUUAUGUCCCAAGUUUUCCCGGUUUCAAAUA